AUGGUAUCAUUCUUCCGCCUGGGUUCACUGCCAGUGUCAAAAUCUCAGCUCAUGAACACUGUGAUCAAUGACCGUCACAGCACCUUCUUCCACAGAAACAGUCCAGGUAGCACCAAAUCUCGCCUGCUGAUGGAUGGUGUGGCAGAGAUUGCCUGGUACUGCCCUGCUGGAAAACCCAAUGACUCCUUUACUGACUGCAUUGCCUUUUGUAAUCUUCAUGGUGAUGCUCUGUCAUUUGAAAAACAGCAGAAGGAGUAUUUCCUUAAAUGGACUCAGAUCUUAAUAGAUGCCCUAUCCACAGAUGAUCUCUCUUCAAUUCUCCAUAUCUAUGAGGAAACAUGGACUGAAGUUGUUUCUCUAAAGAAGAAAGUUGAUAAAUCUGCUUUGUUAAUAAGGAAGCAAAGUGAACUUGAACAAAUCUCCAAAAAACUGCAGUCUGUAACCUUUGGCUUGGAGCACAUCUUCAGAGAAAUGGGACAGAUCUAUGAAGCCCAUAGAGCAGUACAAGCAGAGAGUAGUCACACUGAAUGGGUUAAAUACCCUGAACUGGCUGCAGCUAUGAUGAUUUCAGGACACCCAGUGGAGCUGAUGGAUGGUGAUGCAGGUCAUGUCCCAUUAACAUGGAUCUCCAGUCUUUUGGAUGAAGUUAUCAAAAAACUAGGCGACCAGAGAGUUUUUGUGUUGUCAGCUCUGGGCGUACAAAGCAGUGGAAAGUCAACAAUGCUGAAUGCCAUGUUUGGAUUGCAGUUUGCAGUGAGUGCAGGCAGGUGCACCAAAGGUGCCUUCAUGCAGUUGGUCAAAGUGUCAGAGGAAAUCAAGAAAGACUUCCAGUUUGACUAUUUUCUAGUGGUGGACACUGAAGGACUAAAGGCAGGCAACACCACUCUUCAUCACGACAAUGAACUGGCAACAUUUACUGUUGGCCUGGGAAACAUGACACUGAUCAAUAUCUUUGGUGAGAAUCCAGCUGAGAUGCAAGAUGUCCUACAGAUUGUUGUUCAGGCUUUCAUGAGGAUGAAGAAGGUUCACCUUUCCCCGAGUUGUGUGUUUGUUCAUCAGAAUAUUACAGAUAUUGGAGCUCCCAAGAAAAACAUGGAUGAAAAAAGACACCUACAAGAAAGAUUGGAUGAGAUGGCUCAGCUAGCUGCCAAAGAGGAGGCAUGUGAUGCUGAGCACUUCUGUGAUGUCAUUGACUUUGAUGUGCAAAAAGAUGUGAAAUACUUUGCCCAGUUAUGGGAGGGAAGUCCUCCGAUGGCUCCUCCAAAUCCAGGCUACAGCGAGAGCAUCCAAGAGCUGAAGAACAUCAUCCGGUCUAAGGCUAAAUGCUCUCCUGGGAUCACUCUCUCACAUUUCAAAAGUAAAAUUCAUGACCUCUGGAAUGCCCUGAUGAAUGAAAACUUUGUUUUCAGUUUCAAAAACACACUAGAAAUUGCAAUUUACAGAAGACUUGAGGUCCAAUAUGGGAACUGGACCUGGGCCCUGAGGAGCAACAUGCUGACCAUUGAAAACAAGCUUCAUACCAGAAUUGAAAAUGGAAAUCUUGACACAGUUGAACGCAGUUAUCUUUUAAAAAAAAUGAGCAAGUCACAUGAAAAUGUAGGAAAAAAAUUGAAAAACUUCUUUGAAAAUGACAAAGACAAAGAAAUCUUGGUUCAGUGGCGAGGUCGAUUUGAGAAAAAAAUACAAGAUUUCCAAGAGGAACUAGUGAGAGGAGUGACAAAAAAACUGGAUGAAGUUAUCCAGCAGAAGAAAGCUUGCAAAAAACUGGAUGAAAUGAAGUCGGAGUUUGAAAACAAAUUACUUCAAAAGAGCAAAGAGCUCGCUCAUCAUUUUAAUGCUGAUUCAAAAAAUGAAGAAGAACUUAAAAAACAGUUCAAUGAUAUCUGGAGUUACUGGGUUAAAGAAUUAACUGCAGAUACAAAACCCAUUGAGGACAUUCAGCUAGAAGAGGAUAAGGAAAAUAUCCUUCAAGACCUUGGUUUUGAGUGGGCUCUUAUAAAUGAAUCUAAAACAAGUGGCAGAUAUAGCAAGAUAUCUGUGAUUGGUAAUUACUUUGUAUAUAUAUUUGUCAAGAAGCAGCAAAGUCUUCAGUGUGAGGACCAAGAACUAAUCAGAUCCCUCAUAAGAAAUGUUGAAAAAGAGUCUCUUGAUGCAGUUAUGAGCAAACCUGUAAAAACAAGAGGCUACAGUCCAAUUUACAUACAAGAAGUAGCUAAAAAUGUUCAAGAGAAAAUUACAAAGUUCAAAUCAGACAAGAGGUAUGAUUUCAGGAAGGAGUUCACAGUUGAUCUCUUAUUGUAUGUAUUUGACAGGGUGGGUAUUUGGCUUUCAGAGUCCCACAAAAUAUACAAGAUGAACAACAAUGUACUCACUUAUUUUGAAAAUAAGAAAACACAAUACUACAACAUUUUUAGAAGCUACUGUGAAGGAAACUCAUCUGCUGUUGUGUUUGGAGAAAUGAUCUGUGGAAAACUGAAAGUUUCCAUUGUUGAGGCUGUCUGUAACAAGACCGCCAUUGAUCUCGCUGGACAGAUGAGGUGCACUUUUCCAGUAUUCUGUGGAAACAGACUGAACUUAGAGAAACAUUUGCUGAAGUCACUUGCAGAGAAAGAGGACUUUGAUGCUUUCAUUACCUAUAUCCAAAACCCAAGGCAGCAAGUAGAGGCUUUUAUCAAAGAGAGAGUAAACACUUACAUGUUCAGAGAAUGCAAAGUUAAAGCAUUGGAUAUACUCGAGAGAAAUGUGAAUUACAUCAGUAAACUUGUAUGUGACGCUUUAGAUGAUGCAACAAAUAACGUCAAAACCCAAAAAGGAGACAUAGAUAUGUGGGCAAAGGAGUUUUCCAGUUUCCUGAAAGACAAACUGACUCUUGAUGCCAUAUCUUGUCAAAACUUCAGUGACAUAAACAAUUUUGACUUUCUUAAAGAAGAGAUCAAGAAAAGUCUUGAAUCCAUCAGAAAGGAGAUGAUCCAGAAAAAAGAUGAGUUGCUUGACAAGAUAAAGGAAUUCAGACAUAAACCUGAUCAAAUCCUCAUCGAUCAGCUGUGUAACUGCUGCUGGAAAACCUGCCCAUUCUGUGCAGCUGUUUGUACCAACACUGUUAAAGAUCACAGUCCUGAUGACCACAGUGUCCCCUUUCAUCGAUCUUCUAGUGUCAGUGGUGUGCACUACAAAAACACUGAGAUAAUGAGUAUUGAAUUCUGCACAACAUUGGUUGCAAGUGAAUUAGGUUUUUAUCCUAAAAAAGAUGCAGAUGACAUUAUUCCUUUUAAAAAAUACAGAACUGCUGGGCCAAGGUAUGCUAACUGGAACAUUACUCCUGAUGAGUCUAAGCUGAAGUACUGGAAAUGGUUUGCUUGUCGAUUUCAGAAGGAACUGGAAGACCACUAUGGAUACAAAUUCACAGGCCAAGGUCAGAUUCCCAGUGAGUGGAAAACAUAUACUAAAAAGCAGGCUGUUCAAAGUCUGGAUGAAAUGUACAUUGCAAAUUUAGAGUGA